UUGGCCUCACACACACAACAGUAACAACACUAUAAUUCGUUAAUUCCUCUCUCUCUCUUUGCUUCUCUUGUCUCUUGUGAGAAACUAUCAAACCAAUGCGCCAGUUAUCACCAACCUCAAAUUUCUGUGAAAGGAAUGAGGGCCACCCAAACGCAUCAAAUCACAAAGUACAGGAUGAGCCCAACAUGUUAACCACUUUGAUUCCCAAAUCCCCAACAUGUCAACUACACCAAAUGCAAAAUCCCCAUAAUAACAUUAACACAACACAUUUGUCCCUUUCUCUCGUCGAAGCCAAGUGCAUAGCCAACAUAUCCUUCUCCAUGAUCCUCACUGGCCUCUUACUCUAUUCCCGCUCCGUGAUCUCCAUGCUCUUCCUCGGCCACCUCGGAGAACUCGCUCUCGCAGGUGGCUCCUUAGCCAUUGGCUUCGCCAACAUCACAGGAUACUCUGUUCUCUCUGGCCUCGCCAUGGGCAUGGAACCCAUCUGCGGCCAAGCCUUCGGCGCCAAAAGAUUCAAACUUCUCGGCCUCACCAUGCAGAGAACCGUUCUCCUUCUCCUCAUAACCUCAUGCCUCAUCUCAUUAUUCUUCUGGCUCAACAUGAAGAAAAUAUUACUCCUUUGCGCCCAAGAACAAGACAUAGCCAACGAGGCAGAACUCUACAUAUUUUACUCCCUCCCUGAUCUUGUAUUGCAGUCGCUGCUACACCCUUUGAGAAUCUACCUUCGGAGUCAAUCAAUAACGCUCCCUCUCACGUGCUGCGCCGCCGUUUCGAUCCUCCUCCACGUGCCCGUCAACUACCUCUUCGUGUCUAUCCUCAACCUCGGAAUCAAAGGCGUUGCACUAAGCGCUGUUAUCACAAACCUCAACCUCGUAGUGCUGUUGAUUAUUUAUAUAGUGUUUUCAGGCACGCACAAGAAAACAUGGCCGGGUAUUUCUCGCGAGUGCUUCAACGGAUGGAAAAAGCUCUUGAAUCUAGCGAUUCCGAGUUGUGUUUCCGUUUGUCUGGAAUGGUGGUGGUAUGAAAUUAUGAUUUUGCUCUGCGGGUUAUUAGUUAACCCUCAUGCAAGUGUUGCAUCCAUGGGGGUUUUGAUUCAAACAACAGCUUUGAUAUACAUUUUUCCGUCUUCUUUGAGUUUCGGAGUGUCCACGCGCGUUGGUAACGAGUUGGGAGCCGGGAAUCCUCGGAGGGCGAAACUCGCGGCGAUUGUCGGCCUCUGCUUCAGUUUUGUGUUUGGGCUUUCUGCUUUGGCGUUCGCUGUUUCAGUGAGGAAUGUUUGGGCUUCGAUGUUCACGCUCGAUGGGGAAAUCAUUGCUUUGACGACGGCGGUGUUGCCGAUUAUUGGGCUCUGCGAGCUUGGGAACUGUCCCCAGACGACGGUUUGCGGCGUCCUGAGAGGGACGGCGAGGCCGAAAUUGGGGGCGAACAUAAACUUGGGUUGCUUCUACCUCGUGGGCAUGCCCGUUGCGGUGUGGUUGGGGUUCUUUGCAGGGUUUGACUUCAAAGGGUUGUGGCUUGGGAUGUUGGCGGCGCAAGGGUCGUGUAUUGUGACGAUGAUGUUCGUGUUGGCUAGGACCAAUUGGGAGGGUCAAGCGUUACGAGCUAAGGAACUCACUAGUUCUGAUCCUAGGGAAGAGAAAAAACUAGUGGAAGAGGAACAUGAGGAGAAAGGGUUUUUGGGAUCAUGUGCCACCAAAGAAGCUUCUGAUUUGGUUGUUUGAUUGGUUUUAAUGUAUUUACCCAAUCAGUUAAUGAUGAACGUUUGACAAAUAUAAGAGUCACACUUAAUAUAAACAUUUAACAUAUGAAUAAUCCGAUAUUCAUUAAUAAUUCAUAUUUAC